AUGACACCCUCACCAAUACCACAUUGGAAAUCAGCGGUGCAGCAAAAACGCGCAGCCCAACUCAACGCCAUCCCCCCCUCCUGGCGUCUCCCUUCCACAAUCCUCACACCUCCCCUACCCAAUACCCUCGAAACUAUCCGAUCAUGCGGUCUGCUUUCUGCGGAGGAGCUUGAAUGGACCGAGACUAACGAUGUGACCAAUCUCCUUUCCCGCCUGGCUUCCCGGGAGGUGAGUUCCGUACAGUUGACUACAGCGUUCUGCAAGCGGGCGGCAAUCGCGCAGCAGAUGACCAAGUGCCUGACGGAGAUCUUCUUCGACCGGGCGCUAGCGCGAGCGAAGGAGCUGGAUGAUCAGUAUGAGAAGACUGGUAUUCUGACAGGACCUCUGCAUGGAUUGCCGGUCUCCAUCAAGGAUCGUUUUGAUGUGGAGGGGAUGGAUACGACGGUUGGUUGGGUUGGCUUGAUCGGCAAGCCAGCGCAGAGGUCCAGUUCCAUUGCCAGAUUGCUGGAGUCCAUGGGCGCAGUGCUCUACGUCAAGACCAACAUACCACAGUCUCUGAUGAUGUCUGACUCAUACAAUCACAUCUUCGGCCAAUCUAUCAACGCGUUCAACCACGAGCUCAUCUCCGGCGGCAGCUCUGGAGGCGAAGGUGCUCUGCUCGGUGCGCGAGGGAGCAUUCUAGGUAUCGGGACGGAUAUCGGGGGCUCGAUCCGCAUCCCAGCUGCCUUGCAGGGUCUUUACUCUAUCUGUCCGACAACAGGCCGUGUCCCGUGGGACUGUUCUUUUAUGCAUCAGCACUACCUUGUUCCCCCAGUCGCAGGGCCCAUGGCUCGAAGCAUCACGACAAUUGAGUACUUUAUGCAGUCACUUCUCGAUUCGAACCCCUGGGACAUCGACCCCGGUUGCAUACCCAUUCCGUGGAGGAAGGAGUUAGCGGCCAUGCCUGACCGUAAACUCAAGUUGGGGGUCAUCUUCGACGACGGAGUGGUCAAGCCACAGCCGCCUAUAACUCGUGCUCUACGCGAAGUAACAAGAAAACUUGCAGCAGCUGGCCAUGAAGAAUGGAACACUUCCCUCCACAUCAGAGGGACAAAUCUUUGGAAGAAAGCUAUCCUAGCAGACGGUGGCUCGCACUGCAAACAACUCUGUGACAUUGUCGAAGAGCCACUGAUCGAAGGGAUGCUAGUCGAGGAAGAAAAGUGGCUCUUCCAAGAACAUUAUCUCAAGCAGUGGAAAGACAGCGGGAUCGAUGCGCUCCUCAUGCCCGUAACGCCGUGGGUCGUAACGGUGCCUGUGGCGCACGCAGAUCCUGCUUUGGAUCAGCCUGAUCAAGAAUGGUUGGCUUAUACCCCACGAAAUCAGUCUGAUGAGUUUAAUCAUGGCCAGUAUGAUAUCGAUUUGGUCAAGAAUAUGCCCAUCUGCAUACAGAUUGUAGGGGGACGGUUCGGAGAGGAAAAGGCUGUUGCUGUCGCAAAAGUGGUUGAUGGGCUUAUACAUUCGUGA